AUGGAUACAGAUGCAUGCAUGAGCUCGCCCGUUCUGGCUGUGGAUUUCUUUAUUAACACGAAGCCGUCGGGAUUAUCAGACUUUCGUGCUGCAGGUCGGUUUAACGAUGUUGGCAUUAGUGAGGCUGCGAUGGUGGCAGAAAGUAGGCCGAUGCAUCUUCGUUCUUCCUUAAGUACCAUUCAGUCUCUCAAAAUCCAGUUUUGUCCAUCGGCCUCUUGUCUUCUCCGCCCACCCCAUCCCCCUCGUCUGCCGGGUCUAGGUCUCUUCCCGAUGCCAUCUCGAAAGUUGCUUAUUUGGGUCUCUAGUGUUCUUCAGAGCCAAUUUGGCCAAGUCCAGAUUUUUAAUUAA